ACUAAGAAACCGUGUCGUUUUUAGUGUUUCAAAACACCGUGUUGUCUGACACUUCAAUAAACAAACUCUGCAUUUUUUUAUUAAGUUCCUCUUGAAGGUUUUAAAACCCUAGCUGGUAACUAAUCUUAAACCCAUCUCCGAUUCACGAUUACAGAAAUUUUUUGAUUUCUGCUUGAAAUUUUUUUGCCCCAAAUCUCAAUUUCGAUAAUUGGAAAACGAAAACAAUGGUUUGGUUUCAAUGCGAAGACUGUGGAGAGAGUCUGAAGAAGCCAAAGCUCCCGACUCACUUCAAGAUGUGCAGAGCCAACAAGUUAUCGUGCAUCGAUUGUGGAGAAAUGUUUGGGAAAGAUACUGUGCAAGGACAUAACCAGUGUAUUACUGAAGCUGAGAAGUAUGGUCCAAAAGGGCAGUCAAAGUCAUCUAAUGGCACACCUGCAAAGCCAAAGGAUAACUCUAAGCAACAGCCUGACUUCGAUAUUACUGUCGGCUUAUCGAACCGAUAUCCAUGGUUUUGUAGUAUAUGUUACACAAAGGCUACUAGCCAGCAGACUUUGCUUGCCCAUGCGGAUGGGAAGAAGCACCGAGGGAAAGCAAAAGCCUUCCAUGCUAGACAACAACAACAGUCUGAACAAUCCACGGUGGAUACGAAGGAUGGAAGCGAAAACGCGUCUAAUGGUGAUUCAGAACAGAAGAAAGUAGAUUUACCUGUCUCCUCAAGUGUUGCGAAUGGAGAAUCGCAUGCCGAGAAAAAGAGAAAGCUAGAGACUUUGGAUGAAACGAGUAGAGGUGAGGUACCUCAAGCCGAAGAAGCAAAAGGAGGUGAUCUAAAGAAAGCGAAGAAACAGGGCCAUGAGAAGAAAAUCAAUUGGAAGAAGUUGAUCACAUUGGCUUUGAAGUCUAACGAAGAUAAAACUUUGAAGAUGAAGAAACUGAAGAAGCUCGUUCUGGAAUCUAUUGUGGAUUCAGGCAUAACUCGAGACAAAUCUGAGCUUAAGGCAGAGCUAGUGCUAAAGGUGAAUUCGAGCUCCAGAUUCACGGUUGAUGGGAAGUAUGUGAAAUUUGUGGCUAAAGAUUGAAUCUAAUUCUUGAGUCAAGCAACAGUAUCAUGUCCCGACUGAAACUGGAUUUGCGCCUCUCACAGUUUUGUCAUAUGAUUCAUUACUAUUACUGUUUGUACUCUGUACCAAAUUUGGAAUUUUGGAAUCUCAUCAAACUACCGUAUUUUUGGAAUCUCAUUAAAACUAUUAUUCGUGACGACUUUA